AAAAAGAAAAUAGAGGAUCGCCCAAAGACGGCGAUCUAAAUGCUAGUUUUCUUCUAGAAUGAUCCUCGCCGUCUAAUUCAUCCUCGCGAAAUCGGACACGGCUCUGAAGCGUGGCACGUGGCGCAGUCGCCACGUGGAAACCGGCAUCUUCGUGCACGCCAUGCGCCACCGAUUUCUGCGGCAGCAAAGAUAGCGUUGCAGCUACGACGUCGCUGUCAGAUUUCAAUUACGCAAAUCUAGUUGGCCCCAUUAAUAUUAGUAUUAAAAUAUUAAUCGUCGUAAUAAACCAUGUCCCGUUGCGCAAGGCAUCUCUUCAAAUUCAAACCCGCAAACUUUUCUUCCAUUUCCAAUCGAACCCGUUUCAGCUCAUCUCUAUUCGGAAAGUAUCAUUUGCGUUUUCAGCAGGAACAAGCGGUUUCCAAUUCUUCGACUGGUAUUACUCAAAGAAAGAAUCUGCUUUUCAGUCGUGCGAUGGCAACUCAGUCAACCCCGCCUCAAUCCAUCCAUGAUUUCACUGUGAAGGAUGCGAAAGGCAAUAAUGUUGAUUUGAGCGCUUACAAAGGGAAAGUCCUGCUAAUUGUGAAUGUUGCAUCACAGUGUGGGCUGACAAACUCGAAUUACACAGAGUUGACGAAGUUGUACGAGAAAUACAAGGAUCAAGGUUUGGAGAUAUUGGCAUUUCCUUGCAAUCAGUUUGGUUCCCAGGAGCCUGGAACCAAUGAAGAGAUUCAGGAGUUUGCUUGCACUCGUUUCAAGGCCGAGUAUCCAAUAUUUGACAAGGUUGAGGUGAAUGGCCCGAAUGCUGCUCCGAUAUACAAGUACAUGAAGUCGGUGAAAGGUGGGCUUUUCGGAGAUAGCAUAAAGUGGAACUUCUCCAAAUUCCUCGUGGACAAGGAGGGUCGUGUGGUUGACCGCUACGCGCCCACCACAUCUCCUCUCAGCAUAGAGAAGGAUGUAAAGAAGCUCUUAGGUUUGUGAAUGGAGUCGUCGUUGUGAGGGCUUUCCGGCAUAGCUUGUCAAUAACCACCCUGGAGUGAAUAAGCAAUAUGUAUUUGCAAUGUACUUAAUUUCUGGGGUUUCCAAUAGCUGAUCGAUCAGGCCUUCUUAUGUAUACUAGUACGAUUCUACUUGAAAUACUUGUGUCCAUUUAUUCUUGGGUAUACUUGAGUUUAAUGUGAUUGCAUUGUGCGUUCGAUUCGUA